AUGGCAGCGGCGGCAGCAGCAGCAGCAGCAGAAGUGAAGGUGCCAAGAAUCAAGCUGGGCUCACAAGGUUGUGAAGUUUCAGCUCAAGGGCUGGGCUGCAUGGGCAUGUCAGCCUUCUACGGCCCGCCCAAGCCCGAGCCCGACAUGAUCAAGCUCAUCCACCACCAUGCUGUAAGCAGAGGUAUCACCCAUCUGGACACCUCCGAUGUCUAUGGACCUCACACUAACGAAAUACUCAUUGGUAAGGCUUUGAAGGAAGGAAUGAGAGCGAAAGUGGAGCUAGCAACGAAAUUUGCAGUCUCCUACGAGGAUGGAAAGUUUGACAUAUGCGGUGAUCCAGCCUAUGUGAGAGCUGCGUGUGAAGCCAGCUUGAAGCGGCUUGAUGUGGACUGCAUUGAUCUCUAUUAUCAACAUCGCAUCGAUACACGCGUGCCCAUUGAAGUCACGGUAGGAGAACUCAAAAAACUGGUUGAAGAGGGUAAAAUAAAGUACAUAGGUCUAUCCGAGGCCUCUGCUUCAACAAUUAGAAGAGCACAUGCUGUUCAUCCAAUAACAGCUAUACAGUUGGAGUGGUCAUUGUGGACCAGAGAUGUCGAGGAAGAGAUCAUUCCCACUUGCAGAGAGCUUGGCAUAGGGAUUGUUGCAUACAGUCCACUUGGACAAGGAUUCUUCUCUUCAGGUCCAAAGCUGAUCGAGAAUUUGACCGAAGGUGACUUCCGAAAGUUGCUUAACAUUGAAAUUCACACAAUGCAGUAUUUGCCAAGGUUUCAAGCAGAGAAUUUGGAGCACAACAAGAAGUUGUAUGAGCGGGUCAAUGCCAUUGCUUCAAGGAAGGGUUGUACUCCAUCACAGCUAGCAUUGGCCUGGGUCCAUCACCAAGGAAAUGAUGUUUGCCCCGUACCCGGCACUACCAAGAUUCAGAACCUCAAUCAGAAUAUAGGAGCUUUAUCCGUAAAACUGUCCGCAGAGGAUAAGGUGGAACUCGAAUCUAUUGCUUCGGCCGGAGUCAAGGGUGAGAGAUGCGGGCCUGAAAUUAGCACUUGGCAAAAUUCUGAAACUCCACCUUUGUCAACCUGGAAGUGCACAUGAAGAUGUAACCAUAUUAUGGUAAAAAUAAUUCCUUUCAGCUAUCUGCCUGAUGGUGGAUUUUGCUGUGUUGAGGGUUAAGUUGCAUUUAUUCC